AUGGAAACCCUAAUGGCAAAGGUUCCAAAUCAAACUCGAGCCUCGAAGUCUAAAGAUGAAGCUCUAUCGCCCGAGAAAAUGGGGUUUAAUUUUUGCAUGCAUGAAAAUGUGGGUGUAUUGGAGGAUGAAGAUGAUGAUGAUGUUGCUAUUAUUGCUGCCAAUAAAAACAGCAACAUUAAGUGA